ACAAAUCUCAGUCGCCAGCAAUAAAGGCUCAUGAAGAAUUGUUUCUGUCUGAUCUUUUUUUUAAAAACGUGGAUGAAAACAAGCUGCGAUGCCAGCUCAGCAGAACAGAUCACGGGCCAGAGAGAGGAACAAUGUUUUAAACAGACCCGAGUUCAUGUCUCUCCAGCAGCCCAUGAGGAGCAGUUAUGAGGGGAGAAGUUCGGUGAAGAGAUACAGCGGGCAGUCAGGGCAGCAGCAGCAGCCCCUGCCAAACGAUAGCAAGGAGUCGGUGCAGCGACCAGAGGAGGACUGUAUGCAGCUUAACCCUUCUUUCAAAGGAAUUGCCAUUAACUCAUUGUUGGCCAUUGACAUCUGCCUGUCCAAAAGUAUGGGGGUGUGUGCCAGCAGCUCCUCAACCUGGCACAGUGCCCGCCCUAUCAUCAAGCUCAUCGGGGUCACAGGUCAUGGUGUGCCCUGGAUUGGGGGAACCGUCUUCUGCCUGACAAAAAGCAGCACAUCGGCAGGACAGGAGGUCCUUUUAAAUCUUCUGUUUGCCUUAAUCCUUGACUUGCUGGUCGUGGGAGCAGUGCAGAAGCUGGUGAAGAGGAAAGGGCCUUCAGAGGUGAUGCCCGGCCUCCUGGAUUACAUAGUCAUGGAUGUCUUUGCAUUCCCAGCGGGUCAAGCUAGCAGAGCUGCGAUGGUGACCAGAUUCUUCUUCAGCCACCUGGUCCUAGCAGUGCCCCUACGGAUCCUUCUGGUGAUCUGGGCCGGUGUCAUAGGCAUCUCCCGUGUCAUGAUUGGUCGGCAUUACCUGACUGAUGUCUUCUGUGGAUUUUUCAUUGGCUAUUUGCAGUUCAAUUUAGUGGAGUUGUUAUGGCUACCGUCCGGUACCUGCCAGUUCCUCAUAUCAGUGAUCCCAAUAUAA